AUGUCCCUCAUGGCACCAGCAUCGUCAAAGCCGAGCCACACUGAGAGUGAGCCUCAUCGCAGUGCUGCAAGUGCUGUUCAUGUACUAGGCUUUGAACAUGAAGUCCCAAAGCAGAAGUUGGAGCAUUCCAGUAUUGCCUCUCCCACCGCACAUACAGAGAUGGAUAGGAUCCUGGCAAAGCUCUCGCCCAAACCUCAGCUAUUCGAGACCAUGUCUUCUGUGGAGCAGAACCUAUUCUCGAGACUACCCAGCGAACAGUAUCUACUAAAGCGGCAUAGCCAUCACAUGUAUGACGAUCGUACGGACUCGGAUUAUGGUGAUAAUUACGCAGACCUUGACAAGUCUUCCCACAGCGUGCCAUCAGCAGAAGUUCCUCGAGCACCUAUUAGCCUGGUCGAAACCGAGCCGUCGCAUGAUGCUCAUAUCAACAUGGCCGAGGUCCUACGUUUGAAGCAGGAAUUACUGGCCGCCAACUCAAAAAUAGCUCUACAGGAGCAGGAAUUGGCCCAGACUCGCGUGAUCAAACAUACCAUAGAUCAAGCACUCGGACCACCUUCUGAAGCUGAGUUCAAUGGAAGGGAAGUGACAGAGCAAACAAUUGCAAACUUACAGAGUGCAUUCAAAGCGUCGCAGUCUGGGUUUACGUCUAUACAGGAUGGCUGGAAUACGCACGAAGACUCCCAGUCAGACAUGUCAGAUGCACUCUCCGCUGGAGCAUACAACAGAAGUCGAGGUUUAUGGACUUCUACAGCCCAGAAAGUCAUGAACACAACGAUAAGCUCGCCGGCCACGGAAAGACCCUAUGGAGAGCCAUUCCCACUGCCUAGCAACAGUCCCUAUGGCGAGGACUCGAAUAGGUUCUGGGCUGGCUCAAGUACGAGUCCCAGUGUUUCAAGCCAUGAUGUUUUCCCAUCACAUCGCGUGUUCUCAGGCCCAGUCACGGGAGCUUUCACACUUGAUGCACACUCUCCCGAAGAACAAAUUAGGUACAUUCAAGGGCCAGCGCUAGGGCCACGGCGCUCCUUUACUCAGAACGGCCGGGGUGGAUCCUGCUUUCCAGCUCACGGUACUCCAUGGGGAGCCUUUGCUUUAAGUCCUGAGUCUACCUUCUCGAGGCUUUCUGUGGAUAGGCCCAAUGGGACUUACCAACAAGUUGGGCUAUACCCAGUUCACCCAUAUCACCAACGUCCAGUCGGAACUCCACUCUCACCAACAGCCACGGAAUUUAAUGCAAAUAACUCGUGGCAGACAUCAUCGAUUGGCACAAAUUCCAGUCAAACAUAUAUUUCACCAUUGGAACCGAUCAAUUACCGGCGACUGCUUGACAAAAAUGUUUCUUGCGAUUGGAAAUAUAUAGUCGAUAAGAUCGUGUGUAAUAACGACCAGCAGGCCUCGAUAUUUCUACAGCAAAAACUCAAGGUUGGGACAACCGAGCAAAAAUAUGAGAUCAUAGAGGCAAUCGUACACCAAGCCUACCCUCUCAUGAUAAAUCGCUUUGGGAAUUUCCUCGUCCAACGCUGCUUUGAACAUGGGACCCCUGACCAGAUCAUCGCAAUUGCCAAUGCUAUCAAAGGAAAUACCUUGAGCCUAAGUAUGGAUCCGUUCGGCUGCCAUGUGAUACAAAAGGCCUUCGAUUGCGUUCCUGAAGAGCAUAAAGCAGUUAUGGUCCAUGAGCUUUUACGGAGAAUACCAGAAACUGUCAUUCAUAGGUACGCAUGUCACGUCUGGCAGAAGCUAUUUGAACUGCGGUGGAGUGCAGAACCUCCGCAGAUAAUGAGUAAAGUAAACGAAGCACUAUGCGGGAUGUGGCAUGAAGUCGCGUUGGGCGAAACGGGAAGUUUGGUGGUGCAGAAUAUAUUCGAGAAUUGCGUUGAGGAUGAAAAGCGCCCUGCCAUUGAAGAGGUUCUAUCGAAGAUCGACAUACUUGCACAUGGCCAAUUUGGAAACUGGUGCAUCCAGCAUGUUUGUGAACAUGGUGUUCCUCACGACAAGAGCCGCGCCAUCGAACACAUUCUUGCCUGGUCAGUGGAUUACAGUAUGGAUCAAUUUGCUUCGAAAAUUGUGGAGAAAUGCCUGAAGAUAGGUGGCUCCGAGUUCCUGGAUCGCUACCUUGCCCGAGUAUGCACAGGCCGCAGUGAUCGCCCGAGGAUGCCAUUGAUUGAUAUUGCAGGAGAUCAGUAUGGCAAUUAUCUCGUGCAAUGGAUAUUGAUUAAUGCCGCGCCGCAUCAGCGUGAGUUAGUCGCCAGCCAUAUUAGAAAACACAUGGUGUCUUUGCGUGGCUCGAAGUUUGGUUCCCGUGUGGCCAUGCUAUGUUGUAACCCUUCUCAUACGACUCGCCCGGGGCCAGGCGCCGGCUUGUCAGUCAAUCGGUUUAGCAAUUUUGGCGAUGACAGGUACCAGAUCUCUGGGCAACAUGGCGGGCGCUUCACCCGCACAAAUCAGUGGAACCCUAAUUACCCACCAUUCCGAUGAAAGUGUCAAGAAGAGUGUUGACCCAAACGCGUCCUUUGGAAUCACGAGAGGAACUUUCAACAAAAUUUUCACCUCGAUUAUUCCAAGUAACUACCGAAUGCCCUAUACACCGUUCAUACUUCGUUCAAUGGCGGGACUGCCGAAGGGUGCGCUUCGCUUUGUGCGUGGUUGAUCUUGUUUAAGUCGGAUGAAGCUCACAUCUUAUUCUUCC